AUGAUAACAUGGAUAAGGACAGAUUACGAUGAUACAACAAAUAACAAGCCCCCAUUUGAGUACCUUUCAACUUCAAUAACGAGCGAACAAUUGCACUCCAAGUCCAAGGAUUGCAGUACAAGCCCGCCCGACAAUCUAGAGUGUGCCCGUUGCGACUGUGAAGGGCUCUGUGGGGACAUGUGCGGUCACACUAUUGAUAUGGACGACGCUGACCCUAUCUAUCUGUGUAAUAAGUAUUGUUCGUGUUCUUCAGACUGUGCAAAUAGGUUGUCAAGAACUGAUGUUACGUCUGUUGUGUGUCACCAUGGCGACAAGGGAUGGUGCCUGAAAUCUCGACAUGACAUCCCUCCUGCGACUUACAUCGGCGACUAUACCGGGCUUAUUAUUAGUUCAACUCAAGCGGCAGCUGUUCACUCGCAAUCUCUAACCAAUUAUAUCCUCACCAUUCGAGAAGAGUCCUGUACAGGGAGCCUGACAACACACAUAGACGCUACAUCACAUGGCUCCCAGCUCAGAUUCAUGAACCAUAGUUGUGAGCCCAAUGUGGGCGUGGUUCCUAUGAGAGAUAACACGGUGUCUCCACGUGCUACAUGCUGGACUAUUAGGGAGGUAAAGGGGGGAGAAGAGUUGUGUAUCAGCUACGGAACAGGACCUCUUGGAGAGAUCAAGUGUUUGUGUGAGACUGCCGCGUGUAGAGGCUUCUUACCUCUGGAGUCAUUCUAG